CUCGAUCAUCCCGAUCACCCAAAUUCCCCGAUCAGGCCCGACCAUGCUCGACUAAAGGCGAAUACACGACUUCUUCUCGACCUCUUGUCGAUCACACACGAUUUCCACACGAUUAUUCACGACUCCUUCACGACGUCAACCCGACCACCUUUCCGAUUUCCGCUCGAUCAUCCCGACCUUUACACGAUCCCUACACGAUCUCAACUCGACCUACUGGAUCUCUGCUCGAUCGGUGUCAGAUCUUUCCCCGACCCGAUCGUCAUAGUCGUACUCGAGUCGUAGAAGGUCGUGAACAGUCGUGUACCAAAACUUUUAGAAUAAAAACUUCAAACAGUGUUGAUCAUUAUCACUUCAUCCUGAAACUUCAUGGUAUAUGUUGUGUCCAGCAUAGUAUACAUAUUUAUGGAGAUUGAGCAGUUGCAGAUGUGGGCCAGAUGGUUAGAGCUCCAGAGAGACAGGGCCAUUGCAGUGCUAGAGUUGGAACAAGAGGAAGAGGCUGAGGGUCGUAGGCAUAGACGUAGGCGACAAAUGCGCAGGAAAAUAUGGAUGAAGCAGUGGCUUGCACGACGACCCCUGUAUGGGCAUUAUGAGCAACUGCUACAGGAGCUAAACAGGGAAGACCCAAAAGGAUACAAAAAUUUCCUAAGGGUAGACGCUGAUAUGUUUGGGGAGCUUGUUGAUCGCAUAUCACCCAGAAUUCAGAAAAAGAACACCAACUUCAGGGAAGCCCUGGAGCCUGGAUUGAAGUUGGCGGUCACUCUUCGUCAUCUCGCAACUGGAGCCUCGUAUUCAGACUUGAUGUACUCAUUCCGAGUGGGAAGUAACACAAUAAGUAAAUUCGUCCCUGAAGUUUUGGAUGCUAUAAUACAGGAGUACUCUGAAGAGGUUUUGCCAGACGUCGUCACUGCUGAACAAUGGCAGCAGAUUGCAGAUGACUUCCGAACCAAGUGGAAUUUUCCUCAUGUCUGCGGGGCUCUUGAUGGUAAGCACGUGAGGAUAAAGAACCCGAAGAACUCUGGAUCUCUGUUCUAUAACUAUAAAGGCUUCUUUUCCAUAAUACUACUCGCACUCGUAGACGCAAACUACAAAUUCAUCUGGGUAAGCGUUGGUGCUAAUGGCAGUGCAUCCGAUGCCCAGCUAUUCAAUAACACUGAACUCAGAACCAUGCUAGAAGAAAACAACCUUGGUUUGCCUGACCCUGAUCCACUGCCUGGCGAUGACAUGAACACCCCAUACUUCCUCAUUGGAGAUGACGCCUUCCCGUUGAGAACUUGGAUGAUGAAGCCAUACUCCAGACGCAACUUGACCAACGAGGAGCGCAUAUUCAAUUACAGGUUGUCCAGGGCUAGACGAGUGGUAGAAAACGCCUUCGGUCUUCUCGCUAUGCGGUUUCAGUGCCUACUUGGCUGCUUGAACCAGAUGCCCGAAACCGUUGACUUGAUUAUUCUUGCAUGUGUCACACUGCAUAACCUUAUCAGCAUACGGUACCCUGCCAUUGCAAGACUGGCCGUCGACCAAGAGGACGAGCAUAACCAAUUAGUACCUGGUGAAUGGCGCCAAGGAAGACAGUUGGCUGAUGGUGAUCGGACCCAUGGAAGAAAUGUGGUGACAUCCGCUGGGGUCAGUCAGAGGAACUACAUUAAACACUACUUCAACUCCCGAGCUGGUUCAGUUGAGUGGCAACAGAAUAUGAUUUAGUGUGUUAGUUACUUUGGAAAGAUAUUUUGAUGAAGUGUAUAACCUAUAUGAUGCGAGUAUGCACAAGUUAUGUAGUUAUUAAAGUGAUUUCCGAUAUGUUUAAGUAUAUUAUAGUAAGUCAUCUUCUAUUUGGAUAUGAUAGUUUCCAUGAUAUGUUUGUUAAUGGAGGAAAUAAGCUUCAAGUAUACAUGUAUAUACAAUAGAGUUGAUUGUUUGUUUCUUGAUUUUAUGCCCUUUUUCGAAGUAUUUCAAUCAUAUCACGGUGGUGAGUUAACUUAGAACAUGACCUAAGUCGGCAACAAGAAAUAGCCACAUACCAGUAAUUUACAACUUUCAUUUAUAGUUCACCCUAGUUU